AUGGAAUUGGAUAUACUAAUAUCUACUUGGAAAUCUACUUGGAAAUUCCCAGAAGUCGGCAUCAAUACUGUCGCAAUGGAGAAAUUGAAGACUUUACUGAUCGCAAAUCGCGGUGAGAUCGCCGUUCGCAUCAUCAAAACAGCCAAGGAGCUAGGUAUCCGUACGAUCGCAAUAUACACAGCCGCCGACGCAACCUCAACCCAUAUUCAGGCGGCAGAUGAGGCUGUCCUACUACCUGGUGACGAUUCUACCGCAUACAUCAACGGAAAUUCCAUCAUCGACAUCGCUCGUUCCAAUCAAGUCGAUGCGAUUAUCCCAGGCUAUGGAUUCCUAUCGGAGAAUGUGGAAUUUGCUCAAGCUAUCGCCAAUGCCGGGAUGGUUUUUGUAGGCCCUCGGUCCGAAGCCAUUGAAGCGUUCGGGCUGAAACAUCGCGCUCGUGAGAUCGCUGUGGCAGCAGGUGUCCCAAUUGUUCCCGGGACGCAGGGACUACUCGUCACAGAAGAUGAGGCAGUGGAAGCGGCAAAUGAAUUAGGAUACCCUGUCAUGCUAAAAGCCACAGGUGGCGGUGGUGGUAUGGGCCUGAUGAUAUGCAAAUCAGUGGAAGAGGUCAGAGAGUCUUUGACGCAAGUCCGCUCCCGAGGAGAAACUUUGUUCAAGAAUUCCGGCGUCUUUAUGGAGCGUUACUAUCCAGAGAGUCAUCAUAUCGAGGUACAGGUUUUUGGUAAUGGUCUGGGAGAUGCAAUGCAUAUCGGAGAGCGAGAGUGCUCAAUUCAACGCCGUCAUCAAAAGGUUAUCGAAGAGUGCCCCAGCCCGUUCGUGGAAAAGCACCCAGGUCUCCGUGAGAGGCUCACCUCUGCGGCGGUCGCUUUAACCAAAUCAAUUUGCUACGGAUCUGCAGGCACCGUCGAAUACUUAGUUGAUGACGUAUCGGGAGAUUUCUUCUUUCUGGAAAUGAACACUCGCCUGCAAGUCGAGCACGGUAUCACCGAGCUCUGUUACAACCUUGAUAUUGUGAAGCUUAUGCUUCAACAAGCUGAUCGGGAGUUGUGCAAUCUCGGAGGUCUGGACAAGGACUAUCUGGAAUCUUUGCAACCAGACAAGCCUGAAGGCUGUGCGAUUGAAGCUCGCGUGUAUGCAGAGAACCCUGCUCGAAACUACUCUCCAUCCCCUGGAUUGCUUCAACAUGUUGAAUGGAAAGAGACGAUCGGCACUCGAAUUGACACGUGGGUCGCUACUGGGACUCGAGUUUCCACAUAUUACGACCCUAUGAUCGCAAAGGUCAUGGUACAUGAUUCCAACCGGACAGCCGCUAUUGAGAAAUUGGGUGAUGUUUUGUCGCACUCAACAAUCUGUGGACCACCGACAAAUUUGGACUUUUUAAACGCCAUCAUUGACUCCAAUAAAUUCCGCACAGGGGAUACAUUGACCAACUUUUUAACCAAUUUCGAGUUCACUCCGGCUGCCAUCGACGUCAUAUCACCAGGUUUGUAUACAACAAUACAGGACUAUCCAGGACGUCCAACUGCUGGGCGUGGAAUUCCGCAAGCAGGACCAAUGGACCCUUUGGCAUUCCAAGUUGCCAACAUUUUGGUUGGGAAUCAUUCCGGCACCGAAGGCCUAGAGAUCACAUUGAAAGGACCAGAACUGCGUUUCCUAGCUCCAGCAUGCAUCUCUGUCUGUGGUGCUCCAAUGGACAUGACACUUGACGGGGCCGACGUUCCAAUGUGGACACGACUCUAUAUCAAACGUGGUCAAAUGCUAUCAAUUGGAAAGCUGAAUGGAUCCGGAGGAUGCCGAGCAUAUCUCGCUGUUCUUGGGGGAUUCCCGGCAAUUGCGCCAUACUUUGGGUCAAAAUCAACAUCGCCUCUACUUGCGAUUGGUGGGUAUCAAGGAAGACCGCUCGCUCCAGGUGAUAUGUUGGCCAUUGCAAAGCUCAAUGCAGAUGGAGCAGAGCCCGAGGUCUCAUUGCCCGCCCAUUUGCGUCCCAUAUACUCCAACCACUGGGAGAUUGAUGCUAUGGUUGGGCCAUACGAUGAGGGCUAUAUUGUAUCUGAAGAUAUUGACAUGAUCUAUAACACAGUCUGGGAUGUCUCACAUAAUGCCACAAGAGGUGGCAUUCGUCUUGUGGGACCUACUCCUAGAUGGGCAAGGGAAGAUGGGGGCGAGGGUGGGCAGCACCCUAGCAACGCAAGUCCCGAUGGCAAAUUUCUUGACAUUAAUCCUACUAGCUCAGCUGACCAUUUCAGUCCUUGCAUCUUCCCCGUUGACGCCCCUGAUCUUGGCGGCUUCAUUUCCUCUACGACGAUUGUGAAAGCCAGUCUAUGGUGUAUGGGUCAACUGAAAUCUGGCGACACUAUUCAAUACCGCAGAGUAUCAUUGAAAGAUGCUCUUCGUGCUCGUUCUGAAUUGGAACAGUUUACGGAAAGUGUUUCCGCACUCGUUGCCGGCCAGUGUAAUAUGGAUUCCAUCCAGCCAAUCUUCCCUUCCAAGUUACGAGAGUCGACUGUUUCUGGAAACUGGGGAAAGGCGUUGAUUUACCAAACUGAAGUGAUUGAAGGUGGGAUUUCCAUGACAUUUAGACAGGGUGGGGAUGAGUUCUUGUUGGUCGAGUUCGGCGAUGGAAAAUUUAAUCUUAAUCAUCGCUGCAGUGUGACAGCAUUGGACCGGGCUUUCAAGGAGUCUCAAGCGUCUGAUGAAGCUUUGAGACGGGCAAUCUACAAGACCACCGGAUGCUGCAAUUCGCUCCUGAUCCACUACGAUGGUCUGAAGCUCCCCCAAGACAACCUUGUCAACCUUUUGGUAUCGUUGCAAAAAGCCGUUGGAGAUCUCAGCAGCUCAAAAGUCCCAAGCCGAAAGUUCCGUCUUCCCAUCUGCUUCGAAAGCCCGGCUCAACAAGAAGCCGUCCAGCGAUACAUCGAGACACAAAGACCACAUGCACCAUUCUUACCCAAUAACAUGGACUUCGUGGCUAAUAUAAAUGGGGUUACGUAUGAUGAACUGAUCGAUAUUUUCCUUUCGGUCGAGUUCAUGGCGAUUUGUGUCGGGUUCUUCUGUGGCGAUACCAUUUGUCUGCCAGUUGAUCCCCGCUAUCGCUUGAUAUGCCCCAAACAGAACCCUAGCCGGGUGUACACCCCAGAAGGUAGUGUCAGCUGGGGUGGAUCAUGCAUGAACAUCUAUCCCGUUGAUUCCCCUGGAGGGUACCAGAUGACAGGCCAAACUAUUCCAUGUUUCGACCAAUUGGGAGUCAAACCAGACUUCUCGGCAAGUCAGCCAGGUCUGUUCCGCGACUUCGAUCAGAUUACCUUCUAUCGAGUGGGAAAGGAAGAGCUUGAGCGUGAUAUGGCGCGCUUCCGGUCUGGUUGUUACAAAUUCCAGUACGAAGAUGCCAUUUUCGAUAUGAGCAACCACAACCGUCUACUUGGGGAAACUAGAGAUGAAGUAGCGGAAUUUAAGUCUCGCCAAGCUACGGCACAGGUAAAAAUGUUAGCCCUGGAAAAGGAAUCAAUGGACAGAUGGAUAGCCGAGAAAGCGCAAAACCACGUUCCCGUUGAUGAAAUUGCGCUCCUGAGGGAAGACCCUGACAUUCUAACAUUGUAUGCUCCGCUCGAUGCAAACGUGUGGAAGGUCAACUUUGCAGAUGGUAGUGUUAUCCGCUCUGCUCAAGUUGUUGUCAUACUAGAGGCAAUGAAGAUGGAAAUCUCCGUCUCCUACGAUGGGGACAAGAGAGAUGGCAUUGAUGAGUCUUUCACGAUUGAGAAAGUACUCGUCCAACCAGGCGACACCGUUCGGGCCGGAGAUGCGCUGGUAUUUUUGAGAAAGGUUUGA